AUGAUUAGUGGGGUGCUGGUAUACUCAUCGAGAGGUGAACUUAUUCUGAACAAGUUCUUCAAGAACUCGUUGAAGCGGUCCAUAUCCGAUAUCUUCCGAGUACAGGUGAUCAAUAACCUUGAUGUGAGAUCGCCUGUUUUGACGUUGGGGUCUACGACUUUCCAUCACAUCAGGUCGAGACAUGGCGACAAUUUAUGGUUGGUAACCAUUACGAGAAGCAACGCCAAUAGUGCGGCGAUCUGGGAGUUCUUAUAUAAAUUUGACGCUGUGAUGAAUGCGUAUCGACUGGACAGAGAGGAGGCCUUGAAAGAGGAAUUCAUGAUUGUACAUGAGAUGCUGGAUAUAAUGUUGGGUGGAAAUGGGAUACCCAUUGACACUGAAUUGAACUCUGUUAUAGCACAGAUGUCUGUGAAACCCGUAAGAAACAUGGGCGGAUUAUUAGAUAGUCCCGAUGGAAAUGAUGUAUUAUCUUCCUCGUCAUCUCCUACUUCUUCAGGGGGAGAACUGCAUUUUCCCAAAUUUUUGACGAAAAGAAGCAGUAGUUUCCUAGGCCAAGGAGACUCGAAUUCUGAUUUUUAUGAUAAUAAUAAGAUCACUUGGAGGCCUAAGGGGAUAAUACACAAGAAGGAUGAAGUAUUUCUGUAUGUCAAUGAGAGGAUAAAUAUUCUGGUAUCUAGGGAUGGUUCUAUCUUGAAAUCUUAUGUUGAUGGGACCAUAGAUAUUACCACGCACCUGAGCGGGACCCCUGUUUGUAGAUUUGGACUGAAUGAUUCCUUAGGGAUGCAAUCCGAAGAUGAAAAGAAAUGGCUAGCACAACAGCAGCGUCACUCUCGUAGCGAUUUUGAAAACAAGAACUUCAUUCCCAAAGCUGCUGCCGGCAGUGUUUUAUUAGAAGAUUGUAAGUUUCAUGAAUGCGUGUCACUUGACAAAUUUAAUAGAAAUCAUAUCAUUGAAUUUGUCCCACCAGACGGUUCGAUGGAACUGAUGAAAUAUCAUGUACGAGAUAACAUAAACCUUCCGUUCAAGGUCACACCUAUUGUUACGCAUUCCACAAGAGAUAAUGAGAUUGAUUACAGGAUAACAUUGAAGUCGUUGUUCCCGGGGAAACUUUCCGCAAAGGAUGUGGUAUUACAUAUACCCGUUCCACCAAGCACUGUGGAUUGUAAGAUAAGUGUUUCCAAUGGUCACUGUAAGUUUGUGCCGGAGGAAAAUGCAAUGAUUUGGAGAUUCAACAAGUUCAAUGGGUUGACGGAAAACACUUUGAGUGCGGUUACUGUUUCUACAAGCGAUACUACUCAAUUGAAUCUGCAACAAUGGACGAGGCCUCCGAUAUCCCUAGAUUUUGAGGUCAUGAUGUUCAGUAAUUCAGGAUUAGUCGUACGAUACUUUACCAUCUCUGGAAAAGACAGUAAGCACCGCGCUGUUAAAUGGAUCAAAUAUAUAUCGAAAGCGGGUUCUUACGAGGUGAGGUACUAG